CUUAGAUAGGAUCCGGUUUGGAUGUUAGAUGGAACUGUAAUCUAGAAGAAUUAAAAUGAAAUACACUAUUAUAUAGUUUUUUUUUUUUUUUUUGUAACUUCACUAUUAUAUAGUUGAUUGAAAGCAACUCAUGUUAUGCCAUUUUUUUAUAUUGUGUUUAUAUACCUUCUUUGUUUCUUUUCUUUUUUCACUUUUCGUUAUUUAUAUAUAUGGUUCUCCAUUAGUUGCUAGAAGUUGUAAUUGCACCUCUUGCUCGGACAGCCUGAUCCUCAAGAUGGGAGAUGAAGGUUGGAUAGAACUUAAGUUCAGACUCGCAGAUGGCACCGACAUCGGACCGAGCAAAUACAGUCAGUUCACGACUGUUGCGUCUCUCAAGGAGAAUAUCAUUGCUCAAUGGCCUAAGGACAAAGAAAAUGGCCCAAAGAUGAUAAAUGAGAUCAAGCUCAUCAAUGGUGGCAAAAUACUGGAGAACAACACAACAAUUUCUGAAGCCAGGUCAAUACAGAUUUGUGAACAUCCUGGAAUGGUAACUACGGUGCAUGUUGUUCUUCCUCCUCCUAUAAUAGGCCGAAGAGACGAGAAACUGCAGAAUGAACCUCCAGUGAAGAACAGUUGUGUAUGCUGCAUUUUAUGGAGUUCUAUGUUCUAAUUAUGUAAAAAUGGUUGGCUACUUGGAUCACAUUAGUGCAAGAUCUGCAGCUAAGGAUAAUCAUUAUCUUCUUCUUGGGUGCUUCAAGUUUCAAGAAACAACGGUCGGUGAUAUUCUUUUAUUUCCGAAGUGAUUAGGUGACGCAGUUUUUUCACGUGACAACCCAUAUCACGUGUGUUUUCCUCACAUGUGAGAGUGAACCGAGUAGAGACUGCGUUCGAAUUAUGAAUGUAUGAAUAAUCUCUUAAGCAAAAUACAUGAAAAAUUGAAAUAGAAAGAACAUCGAGAUUUCACGA